GUGUCUUUGUGGGCAGUCAACCCGUCAUUCGGUUAGUCGGCAAGCCGGGGCAGCCAUUUGGCAGGGAUGGGUGAUCCAGCAACUCUGGUCGAGUCCGCCACCCCUUCUGUCGUCACGGCCGUCCCCACGGUGAUAGCCGGGGAAAUGCAGGACGGUACUAAAACCCAAGCAGCCAGUAAGAAUGGGAAGAAGUCAGACUCUGGGUCCAGCGGCAGCGGCAGCUUCUUCACCUGGUUCAUCGUCCUGGCCCUGCUGGGUGUCUGGACGUCCGUAGCCGUGGUCUACUUCGACCUGGUCGACUAUCAGGGAGUCCUCGACAAAGCUAAGGGCUUACAAAUUAACCUGUCUGAGGCCUUGCAAGGUAAACUGGUGGCAUACGAUACAGAUGGCGAUGGUGAUUUUGAUGUCGAGGAUGCUAAAGUUCUGCUAGGACUGAAAGAGAAAGCCGUCGUCGUCACUUCCCGUAGCGAAGAGGCCGCCGCCCCAGUGGAGACUUCUGCUCCUGAACCCACACCAGAAGCUGUUGUUGAGCCUGAUCCAGUGCCUGUGGAAGAUGUGAUCGAAGCUGCUGUAGCAGAGGAAAUUGCUGCUCCACCAGAGCCUGAACCUGAGGUAGCAGCUGAGCCUGAACCAGAACCUGAGGCUGAACCAGAGCCUGAACCAGAGCCUGAACCAGAACCAGAGCCAGUGGAGACUCCUGAGGUGAUUGAGGAGGAUCCAGAGGUGCUGGAGGAGGAGCUUCCUGCUGUAGAGGAGGAGGUUCCUGUGGAGGAGGCUCCUGUGGUGGAGGAUGCUCCAGUUGAGGAGGAGGAGGCAGCAGCUGAGGAGGUGGAGGAACCAGCAGAAGAGCAGGCUGUGGAGGAGGAGGCUGUUGAUGAAGCUGUGGAAGAGCUAGCAUCAGAGUUAGAGGCUGCGGUGGAGGAGGCUGCUGAGGAGGUGGCAGCAGCUGUAGAGAGCGAGGAGACCACAGAGGAGGCAGCUCCUGUAGAAGAAGCUGUCGAGGAGCCCGCUGAAGAGGAAGCAGCUCCCGCAGAAGAGGCCGUUGAGGAGCCCGCUGAAGAGGAGGCAGCUCCUGCAGAGGAGACUGUCGAGGAGCCCGCUGAAGAGGAAGCAGCUCCUGCAGAGGACGCCAUCGAGGAGCCCGCUGAAGAGGAGGCAGCACCUACAGAAGCUGAGGAGGAGGUAGCAGAAGAGGAGGAGGCAGCUGCUGAGGAGGAACCUGCUGAUGAGCCUGCUGUAGAGGAGGCAGCUGCUACAGAAGAAGAUGUAGCAGAAGAAGAGGAGGCAGCACCUUCAGAAGAGGCUGUAGAGGAGGUAGUAGAAGAAGAGGAGCAGGCACCACCUUCAGACGAACCUGCUGAGGAUUCUGCUGAAGAGGAGGCAGCUCCUGUAGAUGAAGCUGUGGAGGAGGUAGCAGAAGAGGAGGAGACAGCUCCUUCAGAAGAGGCAAUAGAGGAGGCCGCAGAAGCAACUCCAGAAGAAGCAGUGGAGGAGCAAACAGUACCAGUCACAGAGACAGAUGAAGAGGAGGUAGCACAAGAGGUAGAGGAGGCAGCAGAAGAAGCAGCAGAUUUUUUCGAGACAGAGGAACAGAUUCAGGAUGAGCCCACAGAAACGUAGAGGCUGCCGCGGUCGCCGUGGUGACGGAGCAGGGACCCACUGACGUUGCAUCAGCACCAUCUGAGCGUGCUCAGAACGAUGCAUCUCUCCACCUCCAGAGAAACGAUUGAGUUGUCAUGACAUCACUCGCCUCUCUCCCCCCCCAUCUUUCUCACCCUCCCUUUGUUUUCACCUUCCUGUUCAAUUCCUUUCAGUGUAAAUGAGUCGGAUAAUGGAUGAAUUGUUUACUAAUAUGGUACUCCUGUUUUUACCCUUCUCCUUCUUUUGUUCACCUUUUUUUUUUUUUUAUCUGAAGCAGAGCACCCAUUUCCAUUUUUGUUCAGGGUGGUUUAGUUCUGUGUGUCUGUGACCAGAUGUGAAGUCUAUGUGCUCUACUUGUACAACACGUCUACCCGAGUCUGUAUCUGCAAGAGCUGAAAAAGUUAAACCAGUCCGGAACUUUAUUUUGAAGUCUCUCAGUGAUGUAGUUUGGCUUCCUGGAGCCAAAUUGUGUUGCCAAGCAAAAUAAGGCCAGAGCUCAUAACUGAAAAGCCAUCCUUUGGCAGUUGCAAAACCGUCUCUGAGUUUAAAGGACUCCUGUCCACCUGGUGACUCAUCAGGUUCUGAAGCUUCACAGAUUCAAAACUCAGCUGGAGCAAAAAAACAAACUAGAAAUCUUUCUCUGAGCACCUUGGGUGGUGUUACCCAAUCCCUCCUUCUAACAGAAUCAGCUCUGUGGAGGCAAGAAAACAACAUUUCUACUUUUAGAAAUCAAAUCAGAGUUAAAUUUCUGUCCCUGUUUUGCAGUGUAACUUCAGAAUUUAGAACAUCAGCUUUAAAUUCAGCCGUUUGGUUCUGGUCUCAGUGUUGUAGAUUCUAUGCAAAACUGCCGCGAUGUCCCUCACCCCCUCCUCACCCCUCCUCACCCAGCCAGUUUAUUUACCACUCAGUAUGCGUCGACUCCAGGAUGAGCCAUAUGCUAGCACGUUCACAGAGAAAGCUGUGUGUGUGUGUGCGUGUGUGUGUAUGUAUGUGUGUGCGUGUGUGUGUGUGUUUUGAGUGUGUGGAUGUAUUCCUUAUGUACCCCAUGAUGACAAAUCUUUUACUAACCAAUCCCUUCUGUGAGCCGUAGAUGCCGUGAUGUAGUUUUGGAGAGUUUUUUUUUUUUUUUCAGUUUUGUUCUGUAACUAUCUGUACCUCUGUCUGCGUGUGUGUUCUGUAGAUUUCUAGCUUUCUUUUUUUUUUUUUCUUUCAUAUUUCCAGAUAAUAAGUUUUAACUGAAGUUGAAACUUUAAACUUCAACUCUUUUAGUUUAAAACCUUAACUGUGAUGAAAAUGAGGACACCAUGGAUGGUGCAAAGCUGUCUAACCAGUGAUACAUGGAUCCUUUUAGCAGGCUGCCUGAUACUGAAGUGUUUUACCCCUGUGUGAUCCAGAUCCCACUUCUGUCUCCACCGCUUCAGUGUGGCAGAUCUGUAGUUUCUGGCUCACAGAGGGUUAAAUAAACACACAGGUGUCAUGUUCCUUUGGAAGUCCAGUCUAAAAAUAGCUUGUUUUUGUUUUUUCGCAAGCAUGGCUGGAUUAACCCACUAGGAGGCCUCGGGGCACAAAAUGAGCAGUGAGCCCCCUUUAACCCCCCUGAUUGUGGUAAUGCUGUUAAACACAAAUUCAUUAAGGAACAUGCACCAUGUCAUUUUGACACAGGUAGAUAAGAUGGCGAAUAAUCCACAACCUGCCUAAUUUGAUAAAUGUGCAUACUCAAAUCAACACGUAAUGAAUCAGGGGCUUUUGGGAUCUGGUUUGGUGAUCCGGCCUCGGUCAUGAGGCUUCAUCAAUGUCAAAACUUCACUGCCUCAUUCUCUCUGCUCAAAAACUUAAUAGCUGUGUGUUUUUAUUUUCUUUCUUCGAGGGAAUUUGUUGUUUCCUCUUCUUUUGUGACAUCAACAUUUGUCUUGUGUUUUUUAAAAAUGAUUGAUCCAUGAUAGCAGGGCGUCUGCAGGCCCAAACCACCACAGCAACAUCUUAACACCUCAUUCCACUGCAGAACUGCCGAGUGAGCAUUUUAUAUCUUAAUUAGAAGGUGAUGGCCACAUUCCCUGUUGUUAAGUGUGCAUCACCUUGUACUGGAUGAGAGAUAUUGGUGACACUAAUACAGCUUUGGGAAAUUGGGUAGACACCCUGAAUAACACAUUUCUGAUGUGAUACUGACAGUAAACAAUAUGUAGAUGAUAUGUAGGAAUUGAUUGCGGAACAACACUACUGUUUGUGGUAGGAGUGGAAGAUUAGGAAAAAACAUUAAAAAAAAAAAAUGUUUGAUUUUGAAGUCUCAGUCCCACUUUGUGUCUCUAGUCCUCACAUACUGUAACUACUAGUCUGUUUUUUAGGGAUGCAACACAUUCCAGUGGUGUGCAGUAGCUGUUUUUGUAGGAUGUCUUUUUUUUCCCUCUGUAACACUAGCUGGGUCUUUUCUACUUUCUAACACUUUGUAAGUCAUUGUGAACUGUAAAACCUUUUUAACAUUGAAGAUUACAAUCUUUACCGAGAGAGCUUCUAGAUUUUUAAAAUGAACAUUUUUAAAAAGGACUUGGAGAAAUAAAAAAAUCUGAAAAUGCUUUAAAAGCUUUUUUACAAAGCCAUAAGCUGCUUGUGACAGGCAAGUUUAGGGAGCUGUGCUACUUCAGGACAAACUUUAUUCUCUUAAGAAUACAAAAACCACAAGCAAUAAAAUAAAACGGCAAAGCAGCCACACUGCAGCAGCCUGAUGAAACCGAUGUUUGUUUUUUCAUUACUAAUCUUUGAUCAGAAGUCAUGUACAUGCUGUAAAAGGUUGUGAUGCGUGGGCAAAGGAGGUGGCGGUUAUUAACUUACAGUAUCUGCUGAAACACUACAAUAGCUGUUCAGCAGCCUGAACUCCAGUCAGUUAUGGAGAAAUAUUGCUGUUGGCUAAAAACUGCCCGUCCCUUUGCCUCACAGUGUCGUCUGUCAAUCAUAACCUUCAGUCUGCAGCUGUCCUGUAGACGCUGAAAAUGGUGAUUAAAUUAUUGUGAAGUAAUGAUGAUAAUAAUGGAUUGUGUGAAGGAGAGUUGAAGUGUCACAGUUUUCUGUAAAUGAUCUGUUCUGGGAGCAGCAAUAAAAGGUUUGGGACAACA